CGGCUCGUCGGGGCCGCUGCGCUCCUCCUCCCGGUCUGGCGCUGACCGCAGGUACCUGAUAAGAGGAGCGAGCAGCCUGCGGAGGAACAAGGCCCGGCGCCACAGCCAGGACACAGCAGGACACAGGGUGUCCCGAACAAACCAGGACGUGAUGACACCAACUCUCCUCCUGAGACGACGCAGGCCGGACUCAGGCCUCAUGUCUGAAGCGGAGGUUACGGCCACGUUGCUCCUCGAACUGAUGCUGGCAAGGCCUUCUGUAUGUUUUACGCAGUCUUGGGCAUUCCCCUGACGCUGGUCAUGUUCCAGAGCCUGGGCGAGAGGAUCAACACGUUCGUCCGCUACCUCCUGCGAAGAGCCAAGCAGGGUCUGGGCCUGCGGAAGGUGGAGGUGUCCAUGGGGAACAUGGUGCUGGUGGGACUGCUGUCUUGCAUGAGUACUCUGUGCAUCGGAGCCGUGGCCUUCUCUCAUUUUGAGGACUGGACCUUCUUCAAUGCCUGUUACUACUGCUUCAUCACGCUCACCACCAUCGGCUUUGGGGAUUUUGUGGCCCUGCAGAAGAGAGACGCUCUGCAGAAGCGACCCCCCUAUGUGGCUUUUUGCUUUAUGUACAUUUUGGUCGGGCUGACUGUGAUUGGAGCCUUUCUCAACCUGGUUGUCCUGAGGUUCCUCACUGUGAGCUCAGAUGAGCCUGAUGUAGGACCUGACACAGGGGGAGAGGAGCCGGGACCACAGCCUAAAGACCAACAGGAGGACAGGGAGGUGUCGGACUCUGAAGGAGAAACUGCUGAAGGGAGAUAUAAGGACAGGAAAAAUGAGCACAGCAGCCGCUGCAACCUGAGCCUGCCCAUGGAGGGGGGCACCAGCUGUACGAACCUCCUCCCUUCUCCUGCAGAGGAUCAUGGACUUGUUACAUCUGAACAGAUAGAGGACUCAGAGGUGCCUGAACCCAGCAGACUCAGAGCCUUGUUCUCCUGCGUCUGCUGUGACAUUCACGACAGUCCUCCUCCAUCUCACUGCGACCAGGAGCUGGGCCACAGCAACCCUGUCUUCUACAACUCCAUCUCCUACAGGGUGGACCAGGCCUCGUGCAGCUCCUGCACUGUGUCUGCACAGGCCUCCCCGAGUUGCGUAGCGCUCUGCCCGGGCAAGAACAAUCUGCACACCAGGAGGAAGUCAUUCUGACUCUGUCAACUCUUAGAUGAAUGGCCUGUUUGAAUGUUUUCUCCUCAUGGCAAAAAGAUUGAACACGCUGGUUUUCUGCUUGGUGGAACAAUUUGCCCUGUCACAUUUAUCAGGAAUGUAGCAUUAUUUACUAUCAGAUAAUAUGUAGCAUAUCAGAAAAAACAUAUACAGUUUAUAACGUAUAUUUUCUUACAUUGAAGAUAAGAUAACAUGUGCAGAAUCAUUUAAAGUAUGUGAUAUAUAAAUGAAUGUGAUA